AUGGUACACCGGUGCCAGCUUUUAAUAGCUUCCCCCGGAGCAGGCGAGAAUGAGGCAGCUGCAGCCAUGGAAGAGGCGGCAAGGGCAUUCAUAGUGGUCAUGAUAGCACAUUGCGAAACUGGUCCGGCUGCCUUUGUCUUCUCAUCGAGCACCCGACAAUGGCGAGCCGCUGCAUCCAAUGGUUGGGAUGAUUUGUUCCCCAACCAGGGAGAGUCAACCAUGAUCUCAUCAAUGCACAGAAAGUUGGUCGGGUGCCAUUACGCUUAUGGCUGCUUUUAUUUGGAGUCCACAAUGAAUAACAAGUUGCUUGUGUUUGACACCCGGAGGAUGGAGUUCUCCAUCCUCGACGUCCCAUGCGAAACAUCGAACAUGUUCGGUCUAGCCAUUGUGGAGGCAGGAGAAGGCAGGCUCGGGAUGUUGGAUAUCCAUGAUGAAACUUUAGGUGGCAAAUGUGAUCUCUGUUAUUACAUUAGAGGAAACAGAGGUGAGAAUUCUGGCCAGUGGAAGAUCGAGAAGACAAUAUCACUACCUUAUGAUUAUCAGUACUAUAUCCAAGCUUCAACUAAGAGGUACUUGCUCCUAAGAAAGCUUGGACCCCUGCAGUCCAUAAGCUCAUCUCUGGAGGUGGAAUAUGUCUCAAUGGAUGUCAAGACAUUGCAGCUUCAGAGGGUUUGUGGUGUAUCUUUCGGGUAUAGCUUGGCCAGCGAGCGCAUAUACACCAACUUCCCUCCAUCCUUGUUGUCUGCACCGACAAUAUGA